CUAUUCAUCGGAUAUUGUUAAAAAUUCAAAAGAGGCUUCUAAUAUUGAAUUAUUUUUUUCUACUCUUUUAAACAACAAAGGUAUUAAGUCUAAGUUUGGGCCUCUAGCAUUAGAUAGUAAUUUUUCUUCAAGGUAUAUAAAAGUUGAAGAUGUUAUUUCUGAUAUUGAUAAUAUUGAUAAUCACAUUUCUAAUUUUGAUGAAAUUAUUGAUGUAGAUAAUGUAGUUCAAGAAAAUGAAAUUAAAGGUGAUAUUAAAAAAGAAAGAGAUAAAAGAAGCAUGCAUGGUAAUAAGAAAGUUAUUGAUACAGAUGAAGAUAUUCAAAGUGAUGAGAUUAAAGGUGCUGCUAAAAAAGAAAGAGGUAAAAGAAGCAUGCAUGAUAGUAAGAAAGGAAGUGGAUAUGCUAGCAGAUCUUUGUAA